CAGGACGUCGACGACGCCGAUCAAAGUACGUGGGCCGCGCCCGGCGACUUCGUCGCGGCGCGUCGUCGCCGCUGCAUCAGGGCGAGGGGUCGCCGAACUACGGCAUGAUCUUCAAGCAACUCGACGUGUGCGGCCACGGCGGCAUCCAGCGCCACAACCUCAAAUCGCGGCUCCGGUCUUUACUGAGACCGGCGCCCAAGGACCGGCAUAUAGAUCUGUUGUUCGACGCCCUCGACAGCGACGAUAGUAAUGAGGUCGUGACCCUCAAGGAGUUCGCCCAGUUCGCGCGGGCCGCCGAGCUGCCGGCCGACUUCCCGAAACCGAAGCCCAAGCUCGACAGAAUCGUGAAACGGCCGAAGUCGGCGCCCGCGGUGCGACGAAGAAUCCGGACCCUCUCCAUCCAACAAAGCGAGCGCGCGGCGCACCCGGCGACGCGAAAGAAGGCCAUCGAGCUGUUGCAAGCCCUGCACCGCACCGUCUCCACCACAGACGCGCAGCUACGCUUCACGUUUCCACAUGAAACGCGGGACCGCCUCGUCUCGCGCCUCGGCGCGCCGCCGAACCAGCUGACGCCCGCGCGGCUCUGGCACAAGAUCGCGAAGUUCGGUGUGGUGGACCGGGAUGAAUUAAGCCGGCGCGUGCGGGAGCUCCUUGGAAGCGACGUGUCUGAUUCUGAUGUCACGUGCCUCUACGAGUGCUGCGACCUGGAGCAGCGCGGCGUCGUCACGCUCCAGGACUUUGCGCACUUCGCGCGGCGCGUCGACUUAACGAUAUCACCGCCGCCGCCCCGGCGGCCGCUCCCCAGGAAGACCUUCGCCGAGACCGUGCCGGCGCGGCCGAGGCCGACGGAGGUCGUGGUAGCGCCGCGGCCAACGUCCGACAAGACGGACCGCAUGGCGCGCGCCGCCGCCGAGGCGCUCUUCUACGCGCUGGCGUCGACGAUCCAGCGCGAGUCGGAGCAGCACGAGAAGGUCAACUACGCGCGCAUGUUCCGCAAGCUCGACGUGCACGGGCGCGGCCGCCUCGACCGGAAUGAAUUGAGGCACCAGAUCGUCCGUUUACUCCCGUCUUCACCGGCGCGCUUCGCUACCGACGCGCUCUUCGACGCCUGCGACACGGACGGCACGGGCUUCGUCGAGCGCGCUGAAUUCGCGACGUACGCCCGCGGUUUGGCUUUUGGGGUUGCGGCGCGCCACGCGGAGCGGCAGCGCGAGGUGCAGAAGCCUGCACAGCGCGCGCCGCGCGACGUGGGACGGACGCACAUCGCCCUCGAGGUGUCCGCCCCGCCGCGGCGGCCGCCGCUCGCGCCCGAGGACCUGGCGCGCGCCGCGGCGCUCUUCGAGCACAUCGCGCGGCGCGUCGACAUGGACAGUGCGGAUCGCGCGGGCGGCUUCGGCGUCGCGAAGCGGGACAUCGCCUACGGCCGCGUCUUCCGGAAGCUCUGCGUCUUCGGCGAGGAGUCCUUGGACGCCGGCGAGCUGGUGCGGGCCUGUCGCCGCGCGUUCCUCGACAACUUGAAAGGCGUGGCCGACGCGGACCUGCGGCUGCUCUACCGGGCCAUCGACGAGGACGGCACGGGCGUCGUGGCGCUGGAGGACUUCGCUCGAUUUGCGAAGAAAAUACGGGGCCGGCUGUUUGACGUGCAGGUCGCGCGACCGGAACCGCCGGCGCCGGAGCCGCGCGCGUCGCGGGUCAACGCGCGCGAUAGAGCCAGGGCGGAAGCCAUCCUGGGCCGCCUCGGGGAGGUCGUCGCGAGCCGGGGCGGAUCGCCUGGAUUCGACGACGCGACCAGGGGCCAGGGCGUCUCGUACGCGCGGCUCUUCCGCGUCCUCGACCCGGAGAGCGGCGCGAUGGACCGAGCUGAUUUGAUCGAGGCCGUCAAGAAGCGGACGGCCACCGUGUCUGAUGAGGACCUCGCUUUUCUCUUUGACGUGAUAGACGAAGACCGCUCGGGCCUCGUCACGCUGGGCGAGUUCCGCGCCUUCUCGAAGCGAGUCGCGGUGCCGAGCGAGGGCUUCCGGACCGGCGGUGGACCACUGUCCGAGACGCGGGGCACCGUACCAUUGCCGCCACCGUCAAACGCUCCCCCGGCGCGCGCCAAGCCCAAGUGGACGCCUCGCUCCGUGAAGCUAUCGGAUCGUAGCCGCGACUGCCGGGGCGGGCCGCCGGCGCGGUCGCGGCGGCCGCUGUGCCUGGACGGGCGGGCCAAGAAGCUCGUGCCCCAGUAAGUUUAUGUUUAGUU